AUGGUUCUUGACGGGCUAUCGGAGCUGCAAAGCCUCAGUGCAUCAUCGAAGGUUGCACAAAUUCUCAAAAAUCACCUCGAUCUCGACAAUUCGGACCUUGUGGAGUUCAUUAUUCACCUAGCUAAGAAGGCAAAGAGUGCCGCCGAUUUCAACCGACUGCUUGAUGAAAAUGAAGCUGAGAUGCCGACUGCCCUCGGAGAACAACUUUUUAACGUCGUGAGAACUCUGGACCCUCCCAAGAAGAAUAAAGAAACGUGGGACGACAUAAUAGCCGCGGAAAAUGACGAACGACUUAACUUCCCUGCACUCUCCAUGAGGAACAGCGACAUCAAAAAUGACAGCAGGCACAAAAUUGAAGUCAAGAAAGAGGGGGAACUGUCAGACUGGGCCAAAGAACUGUUGAAGCAGGAGACAGGUCAAGCAUAUGAGGACGACAGGGAGAGAGACAGUCGAAGAAAUCGGGAUGUACAGCGUGAUAGGGAAAGGGAUGGUCGCAUAAGAGGCGAAAAUGUACGUGUGAAGGAUGACAGGGGUUCCCGUAAUGACUAUAAGGAAGGCUAUAGAAGGGAUAGCUACCGUUCACGAGCUGAUGACAGAGAUCGGCGAUAUCGCAGCCAUGAGAGGAGAAGCAGGAGUAGCAGCGGGGAGCGCACGCCUACAAUAGACAUUAAAGGCCAAGUAUUUCUUGGCAGGGUAAAUAGGAUCAUGGAAUAUGGUGCAUUUGUUUCGUUUCGUACCAAAACUGGGAGGCAUGUUGGCCUCCUACACGUAUCUGAAAUACUUCCGGGUAAACGCCGACUUCUGGACGUAAGAGAGGUUUUAAAAGAAAAUAUGGAAGUGUAUGUCAAGGUCGUUGCGGUCAACGGUGACAAAGUGAAUCUGUCAAUGAAAACCGUGGACCAGCAUACCGGUAAAGAGGAUUCCAGCCGAACGACAUCUUCUAUAAGUGAGGACACUCAAAUCAGGCGUGUUCACACGACUAUGAUGGGAGAAUCAACCAAUGCCCCUUUGAACAGUUAUGCGCACGGCGUUGAGGGCAGAAAGCGGCGUAUGGUCACCGAUCUUGAGAAAUGGGAACAACAACAGUUAAUUAACAGCGGCGUUCUAACGAAAGGAGAACGCAUGGGCAUGAAUUUAAAUGCAGAUCGCGAUGCCAUAGAGGAGGAGGAAGAAGUUGAAAUUGAAAUUAAUGAAGCGUGUCCCACCUUCCUCAAAGGUCAAACGAGACGUUCAGGCAUCGAACUCUCUCCAAUUAAAAUUGUAUCAAACCCAGAAGGCUCGCUUGCCAGGGCUAUAACCACAAGCUCGACAAUCGCAAGAGAACGAAGGGAUGCUGAAAGAGCGCAGGAGGACCGUCACAUUAUAGAAGCCCGUCGCGACGAUGCAACUGCAGAAGGUUUAAACUUGCGCCAGGGGGGUAGUAGCACCGCACAGUUCAUGAUGGAAUUGCAAAAGGCCAAUAGUAUGCAUAAGAGGGAACACGCUCCGGGUGAUAGAGGCCAACAAAAACAAACAACUCUGGUGUCAAUUAAGGAUCAAAGAGAGUCGCUACCAAUUUUUAGUUUUAGGGAAGAUCUAUUGCAGGCCGUGCGUGAAAAUGACGUCCUCGUCGUAGUGGGUGAAACCGGAAGCGGAAAGAGUACACAGAUACCACAAUAUCUUGCGGAAAGUGGGUACAAUUGUGGGCAAAACGGCAGCGUCAGAGUCAUCGGGUGUACUCAGCCAAGACGGGUAGCCGCGAUCUCUGUGGCAAAGCGCGUAGCUGAGGAAGUUGGUUGCAGGCUGGGUCAAGAGGUCGGAUACUGUAUUCGGUUUGAGGAUUGUACAACGAAGGACACCAUGAUCAAGUUCAUGACUGACGGUAUGCUAUUGCGAGAGGUGCUUCAGGACCCCAUGCUUGAGCGAUACUCUUGCAUCAUGCUUGACGAGGCACAUGAACGCACCAUAGCUACUGAUGUCUUGUUCGCACUGCUCAAGGAAUGCUGCGCAAAUCGAAAUGACUUCAAACUCAUCGUCACUUCGGCAACACUGGAAGCAGAAAAGUUUUCUGCGUACUUCAACGACUCUAGCAUAUUUUCAAUACCCGGUAGGAUGUUCCCAGUGGAGAUUCUGCAUACCAAGGAGCAAGAGAGUGACUAUGUAGAGGCCUCUUUGAUCACUGUGCUGAAUAUCCAUUUAAACGAACCUGCUGGAGACAUAUUGCUUUUCCUUACAGGGCAGGAAGAGAUCGACGUUGCGUGUAGGACACUGCAUGAACGUAUGAAGAGGCUUGAGUCAAUGUCGCCACCACCUUUGAUCAUUUUGCCUGUAUAUGCAGCUCUGCCGGGGGAAAUGCAAAGCGCAAUCUUCGAACCAACGCCCCCUGGUUGCAGGAAGUGUGUCAUUGCGACUAAUAUAGCAGAGGCAUCGCUUACCAUAGAUGGCAUAUUCUACGUCAUCGACCCUGGUUUCGCCAAAGUGAAGAGGUAUAACCCCAGAACGGGCAUGGAAUCUCUGGUGGUCGUGCCCAUAUCGCAAGCCAGCGCAAAACAGAGAUCUGGAAGGGCAGGGAGAACUGGCCCCGGAAAGUGCUACCGACUGUAUACGGAGGAUUCAUACAGGUCAGAAAUGCUUCCGACGGCCAUUCCAGAAAUCCAACGUACAAAUCUUGCCAACGUCGUCAUCCUACUCAAGGCAAUGGGAAUCAACGACUUUUUGAAUUUUGAUUUCAUGGAUAAACCCCCUGUCGAAACUUUAAUCGACGCAUUGGACAAUCUCUACCACCUAGGUGCCCUAGACGACGAAGGGCUGCUAACAAGACUUGGACGAAAAAUGGCCGAGUUUCCCAUGGACCCUAACAUGGCAAAAAUGCUCCUGACGUCAAUCGAUAUGGGGUGUUCGGAUGAAAUAAUCACCAUUGUUUCAAUGUUGUCCAUUCAGAACAUCUUUUAUCGGCCGCAGGACAAACAGGCGCAAGCGGACAGGGCUAAAUCGCGAUUCACACAAGCCGAAGGGGACCAUCUUACAUUAUUGGAGGUCUACAACCAGUGGAGGAGAAACAAAUUCUCGUCUUUGUGGUGCCACGAAAAUUUCCUACAGUCACGUGCGUUGUUGCGGGCACAAGAAGUACGCAAACAACUUAUAUCAAUUAUGGACAGAUACAAUUUCAAGGUGACAUCGUGCGGCAACGAUCCAGAGAAGGUUGCCAAGUCUGUCUGCGCAGGGUUCUUCCACCACUCGGCCCGCAGGGACCCGCAGGAGGGGUAUCGCACCAUCCUGGAUCAGCAGAACGUUUUUAUACACCCAUCGUCAGCUCUGUACAACAGAUCACCGGAGUACGUUGUGUACCACGAGCUGGUUAUGACCACAAAGGAGUACAUGCGGGACCUCACAACAGUCAAGGCGCAAUGGCUCCUCGAACUGGCGCCAUCCAUGUUCAAGAAGUGCGAAGGCGUUAGUAAGGCUAAGAUGGGCCAAAAAAUCGAGCCGUUGCACAACAAGUUCGAGGAGAAGGACGCGUGGAGACUCUCCAAGCGCAGAGGGUAA